AUGCUGCUAACAUAUCUCAGUGAUCUUUUAACCCGCCAUGAGCGACUGUCACACAAUAAAAUUACACCACCAAAACGUGGCAGGGGGUCUAGAUCAAGGGCCGGCAGGUCAGGGGCCUUGAGCCAACGGGAGAUACCACCAGUCCCACACCAUCCCGCCACUACUGAGGAUGGUGUUCGUCACACUCCCACAGGCACCGAACAUCCAAGCAUAGAAUUGGCUACAUUAUCUAUGGCUGCAGAGCAUGUCGCUCUUCAAAUGCCCUAUGACACUCCCUCUAAUCAUGCAACCUCUCAUGCUCACCAUGUCUCGUUGGGCCAGAAUGAUUCCAUGACAACGACAGGAACCCCUUCUCAUUCAAGAGCUCAUAUUCAUAAUUUGGAAUUUGAUAACUCUUUUAGCGGCCUUGCAUCUUUCUUGGAUAAUAGUACCUUAUCGUCUUAUCAUUUCUCUUCGCUUGUCUCUGCUGAGCAGCCCAUGCCUCUCUUUUCUCCAGAAUCCAUGGCUCGUCUUUCUGAUUUACACGGGGAUACUUUAAUCUCUUAUGAUGUCAGCCAUCACCCCAGUGAUGGAUCAUUCUCUCAUUUUGGCUCACGCCUUCCAUCACUCCAACCGGAAGAACAACCGCCGCAGAUUAAACGGAUGCAUAUUCCCCAUCGUCCUCUUGGUGAAAUUUCCCUGGAAGAUAGAAGAGAGAUCCUGUCAAAAUUGGAUGGAUUUUCUGCCGUUCUCCAGCCCUCUUUCCAACUGCCAUCAUGCUUAGCACUGACAAGAUAUAUUGCCGCUUAUAUUAACGGUUUUCAUGAACAUCUUCCUUUUCUGCAUAUUCCCAGCAUGUCCGUCCCCCACUGCUCUGUUGACCUUCUCCUUGCUAUCGCGGCCAUGGGAACUCAGUAUUGUCUAGAAGCAGAAAAGGGCAUUGACUUAUUUCACGCUAGCCAAGCAAUUGCUAUGGAAAAGAUUCGGCGCAGAGAUGUGAAAAGAAAUACAUUACACCGCCAUGAAGUCACAGGUGCUGCUUGUGUUCCAGAGAAUGAAGAGCAGGAGCAGAACUCGCACUGCGUAUCAUCCUCAUUCAAGGAGAGUCGCUCUCCCAGCGAAGCAGCACAUGAGAAGGAAGAUCCAAUACAAACGAUCCAAGCGUUACUUGUCCUAAUGGCCGUGGCGACCUGGGCAAAGCAAAAAGAGAUCCUGCGCGAAGCGUUGGCUUUGCAGAGCAUUUUAGCCACACUUGUUCGUGAUCACGGCCUCCAUGAUCAGCCCAUGCCAAAAAAUGUCCAGUGGGAAGAUUGGGUUCGACUAGAAACUGCGAAGAGGACGAAGUUCAUAGUUUAUUGUUUUUUUAAUCUACAUUGCAUCGUUUAUAACAUUCCAUCUCUGAUACUAAAUUCGGAGGUUAAUCUUAUGUUGCCCUCUGGCUCAGCCGAGUUCAAAGCCUCAAAUGAAUCAUCAUGGCUCGAGGAGAGAAAUAAAGGUUCCCCUGAAGUGAAUUUUCAGGAUGCUUUAAAUCACUUAUUUUCUCGCGGUGGAAAUGAUGUCGCAGAAUCCACCUCUUCACUAGGGAAUUACAUACUAAUUCACGCAAUCAUACAACAUAUCUUUUUCCUCCGCCAAGUAGCCCUUGGUUGCUUCGGUGGUAGAAGAGAUAUGGCAACUGAAGACAUUUGCGCGUUGGAACGAGCGUUGCGAAAUUGGCAAAUUGGAUGGAAACGGCACCCAGAAUCAUGUCAUGAUCCCCAGGACCCAAACGGCCCUGUGGCAUUCAAUUCCACCGCCCUGCUCCGUCUCGCCUAUAUACGCCUCAAUAUCGACAUUGGCCCUGGUCGUGCUCUCGAUACACGAGACCCCGUGCAAAUUGCAAAGGCUUUCCGAGCGAGCCCACCUAUACAACGUACUCCGAAAUUAGUUCGCGCGGUUCUUCAUUCUGCUCAUGCCUUGAGCAUUCCGGUCAAAAUUGGCAUCAGACUUGUUGCCCAAACUCAAACUUUCAUAUGGUCUAUCCAGCACUCGAUUUGCUCGCUUGAAUGCGCCUUUCUUUUGAGUAAAUGGCUUGAGGCGUUAUCUGUACCAAACCCUGAGCCCCCAAUUAGUGAUGAUGAACGUCGCGUCAUUGCUCUUGUGAAGUUGAUGCUUGAUGAGACGGAAUUUCCUGUGUCGCCUACACUAUCGAUGUGGUCGCCGCAGAUGAAUCAACAGUUGAAUGCCGGAAUAUUGCGCGUAUGGGCGCAGAUUUUUAAAGGAUCCCAAACUUGGGCUAUAGUUGGUGUUAUUGGAAAUGCUUUGAAUAUCUGCGCUGAUUUGGCUUAG